UUUGAACCCCCAAUUGUGGCAUCGACUUGUCUUCAAAUAAACAACUGGCUUUUCUCAUAUCGAGAUUCUUUUGAUUAUUGUAUUAUAGAUGAGGCUUCUCAAAUUAUGAUGCCCAUUUGUCUUGGACCCUUGAGAUUAUGUGAAAAAUUUAUACUAGUUGGCGAUCAUUUCCAAUUGCCACCUUUGGUUAUUUCGCCCAAUGCCAAAGGAUUAUCAGAAAGUUUAUUUAAAAUUUUAUCAGAAAAAUAUCCUGAAGGGUUGUCUGAGCUAACUUAUCAGUAUAGAAUGUGUAAAGAAGUGAUGUUGUUAUCGAAUACAUUGGUCUAUAAUGGAAAAUUGAAAGCUGGAAAUGAAACAGUCUCUAGCAGAUUUUUGCCAAUCGACAAUCCUCACUUAAUAGAUGGAUAUAAAACUAAGUUUCUUGAUGGUCAGAAAGAUUGGGUCCGUGUGAUUCUUAGAGAGGAUUCCAAAGUUUUGUUUUUGAACAAUGACAAGGUCCCAGCUUUGGAAACAGCCUUUAAUGAUCAAGUUACUAACUCUGUGGAAUCAGAACUAGUCAAAAUAAUUGUUGAAAGUUUGUUGGCAUGUGGUGUUGAUGAAUCUUCUAUUGGAGUCAUGUCUUUGUAUCGAGGACAGUUAAGAUUACUAAAUCGUUUAUUGUAUAGACGAAAAAAGAUUGAAAUAUUAACUGCUGACCAGUUUCAAGGACGCGAUAAGGAUUGCAUUAUUAUAUCUUUGGUUAGAUCAAAUCCAGAACACAAUGUAGGAGCUUUGCUAAAUGAAUGGAGAAGAAUCAACGUUGCAAUGACAAGAAGCAGAAGCAAGUUGAUAGUGAUAGGCUCAAGACUGACGUUGGAAUCAUCGAAAACUAUCAGAGACUUUAUUUUGCUAGCUGAAAGCAAUGGGUGGAGCUACAAUCUUCCAGAAAAUGCUGAAAAGAUGUACAAAUUCUAA